UGAACGAUAUUAACUACAUGCUAGAGAAGAAAAAAUAUAGUGGAGCAUUUUGAGAGGUGAACAUAUUGAGGAUGUGACGUAAUGGACGACUUCCUUUUGAGAGACAUUGGCACGUGUUUGGCUAACUUCUGUUUACACCGUUAAAACGAUUUAAAAGUGAGUUAACAUACCUGGACGAAUUUAUGAACGUUUUUAUUACAGACUAAACAAACCGCAACCAUGCCGAAAGUGAAAAAAUCUAAAGGAGGAGGUGACAAGCGAGGGCAGUCGGACACUCUGGUUGACCAAAUGCUACAGGGCGACACCGUUCGAAGCAAAGGUCGAGUGAAACUUCGGGACGAUCGGAUUGAGGGCGAAGACAAUUACGUGAACGAACGUCUGUCCAAGAAGAUCUUGCAACAAGCCAGAAUUCAACAAGAGGAACUCCAGAGCGAAUAUGGCCUGGUGCCAAAGAAGAAAGCACCCGUCACUUUUCUUGGUCCCUCAUCUCAGGAUGCAGAUUCAGAUGAGGAGUGGCCAACGCUGGGAGCAACCGUUGGUAAAGGUGACACCAACACUGUGUAUGAUACCGAAGUUGUGGUUGACGCAGAUGACGAGAAAGCCAUUGAGAUGUUCAUGAAUAAGAACCCCCCAAUGAGGCAAGACCCCAGUAGCAUCUCGGCUUUGGAUGUACAUAAUCAUACACAAAUAAAUGAUUUGUGUGUAUGUGUUUUUUUUUUUUUUGUCUUGCAGGCGAACCUUAGCAGAUAUUAUAAUGGAGAAGAUAACAGAAAAACAGACAGAAGUAGGAACAGUCAUGUCAGAAGUAUCUGGCUGUCCGAUGCAACAACUUGACCCCAGAAUAGUAGAAGUGUAUAGAGGUGUCAA